AAACGAGUAAUAUACGUGUUUGUCGUUGUCCCGGGAAUAUUCGUAUAACCUCUUCUUAUUUGCAUAAUAUUUGUAAAAAAUAUGCAUACUUGUGUUAUUUCGUGAUUGCUGUUAUUAAAUUAACAAUUUUUCUAAACAAUAUAUACAUUUUUUCGUUGUUCGCCAAAAAAUCUAAUUAAACAAAGAAUUUGACAGAUCAGAGACUGACAGUUCAGCUUUAACAACAUUUCGAGCUGGGACUACUCCUUAUAAAAUUUCGAAUGAAAUUCACAAUGAGAACGUAUAUGAUUGUAUAUGUAUUAUAAUUUAAAAAUACGAUUAGAAAAGCUUUCGAUCGAAUAAAUUUUCGAUUGACUAGAUAGCUGUAUUUAAUCUACAAUAACAUUAUUGACAAGUGUAAUAUUUGUAAGAAUUGUUAAAGAUAGUUAUUCAACCUUGCAAUCCAAAUGUCAAAAAACAAGUUAAAUUUGACACUGCCACCUGGUUCGAUAGAACCAGUUCCAGUUGUGUCACCGUCACCACCAGUACCACCAUUACCCAUUUAUUCUGAGCCGCCAGUAAUUCCAGACGGAGUUAUGGGAAAGAUGAGCAUAGAUGCCAUUCAAGAAAGAUUAAAGGAAUUAGAAAUGGAUGAGGAACAAAAGAAGAGACUAGAAAGCUUCUUAGGUCAAAAAGAAAAGGUCGGAGAAUUAUGUGAUGAAGAUUUUGAAAAACUUGGAGAACUUGGUGCCGGUAAUGGCGGUGUUGUCAUGAAAGUGAGGCACAAAAAAUAUGGACUUAUAAUGGCAAGAAAGCUAAUACAUCUAGAAGUCAAACCUGCCAUUAAGAAACAAAUAAUUAGAGAACUGAAAGUUCUGCAUGAGUGCAAUUUUGCACACAUAGUUGGCUUUUAUGGUGCUUUCUAUAGUGAUGGAGAAAUUAGUAUAUGUAUGGAAUAUAUGGAUGGUGGUUCAUUAGAUUUAAUACUGAAAAAAGCUGGAAGAAUUCCAGAACCUAUAUUAAGCACAAUUACUUCAGCAGUUUUAAAAGGUUUGAGCUAUUUGCGAGAUAAACAUGCAAUUAUGCAUCGGGACGUAAAACCAAGCAAUAUCUUGGUAAAUAGUGCUGGAGAAAUAAAAAUUUGUGAUUUUGGUGUCUCUGGGCAAUUAAUUGAUUCCAUGGCUAAUUCAUUUGUUGGGACAAGAAGUUAUAUGUCGCCAGAGAGAUUACAAGGCACACAUUACUCUGUACAAAGUGAUAUUUGGUCCCUAGGACUAUCACUUGUGGAAAUGGCAAUUGGAAUGUAUCCAAUUCCACCCCCUGAUGAAAAAACUUUAGCUGCGAUAUUCAGCUCUCCACCAGGUCAACCACCUGUGGAGAAUGUUGCUACAAAUAAUGCUUCUACUCCGACAACGCAAUCACCUGGACACAAUACAGGUAGCCCAAGACCAAUGGCUAUAUUUGAAUUGUUGGAUUAUAUUGUAAAUGAACCACCACCAAAAUUGCCUGCUGGUAUCUUCAGUGAUGCUUUUACAGAUUUCGUGGAUCGUUGCUUGAAGAAAAAUCCCGCAGAAAGAGCAGAUUUAAAAACGUUAAUGAACCACGAAUGGAUAAAGAAAGCUGAAUCUGAAAAUGUAGAUAUUGCUGGUUGGGUAUGUCGUACAAUGGAUCUUCAACCAACUACUCCAACCCGUUUGGCGAACGUACAAUCCUGAAUAAAUGUCACUCUUACAUACUUGACUACCUAUAUACGCGUUCAGUACUCUUAAGUAAAUUUUCGUUUCUUUUCGUUAGAUUAAUAUAAACAGUGACGUUCAUAAAUUUAAUUUCUUUCUCCUUUUCAGCAUUCUAACAAUUCAUGAAACGAAAAUCUUUCGCGAUUUUGAAAACAGACUUAUUUACUAGAAUUUAUGAUAGUUUUUUCUUUUACUAUAUUUUAUAUAAUAUUGCUCAAAUAUUCGUAAACCGUUUGAGCGACAGCAUUUAUCGAGUAGAACUUAAGAGUAUUAAUAUAGGUUUCGAUAUACGUAUCACUGAUUUAUUCCUUUUUAAAUAAUCGUGUUUAGUGAUUUAAAUGUGUAAGCUUUUAGUUAUUAAUUGUAUCAGAAUGUAUUUUACGUAAAGUGCUGAAUUUUUGUUUGAUAUUAAAUUAUUUUUCAUUGUACGUUACAGUCUGAUUUUGAAGUCGCGAUAACAAUCUCGUGUUAGAACAUGGUUGAAUAAUAUGAUCAUUUUUAAUGUAUAUACGAUUAUCGUGAAGUACAGAAAUAUUAUAUUGACAUAUUUACAUGCAACGCGUCACUGUGCUUGAUCUUUAUUUCGUUUUCCGGGUAUUUCGUACCUUUAUCUUAUGAUUCUGUUGAAAGUAUGUAAGAUAAACAAUUAUCCUUAUAAGUUUAACGUUUAUUGUACACUCAUGGGCAAGUUGUGUUUCCUAUGAUGAUAUUAGGAUACAUAUGGGCAUCGGAUUUAUGAAGACAUAAUUUGAAGAGAGAAGUGUUAACUAGAGAACAAGUUACUAGUAUAACAUUUGUACCUGACAUUCGUAGAGCAUUAUUCACAUCAUUGAAAAAGAACUUUUAUUUAGUCAUUGUGAGAAUACUAUGAUAUCUUUCAUGAAACAUCAGUCCGCGAUUGAACAAAAUUUCAAAUUAUAGUUAAAUAAAAUAGUAUUUCAAUAAAUUGAUACAAACUUUUGUAUUUCUAUUGUUUUGAAAAGUUCUAAAUGUUUCACGAUAAUAGUAAUAAUAAUGGUAAUGUAUUUAGAAUACCGUUAUAUAAUAAUUGUAUCAUCAACCAUAAUAUUUAUUAUAAUCGUUGUAUAAUAUGGUUACAAUAAUUAUGAAAUACUAUUUUAUUAAACAUCAACUAAUGUGAAACUUUCAAACCAUAAAGAAGACAUAUUAGAAAACGAUAAACAAAUACCUUUUUAAAUAUUUUAUCUUUUCUCUUAACAGUGCAUGUUAGACCCAUAUCUUUUUAAAAAUACGUACGUUUAUCGUAUUUUCUCACAUAUAUCGCGGUCUGAGACGUUACACUUCAUAGGUGAAAUUAACAACAUAACUUUGAUGCACGUCCAUGUGUUCACAUGAUAAUGAAUAUACAUGAUUGUAUGUAUUGUAUAGCUGUGAAUCAAGUCUUUCUUGUGCAAUUUUUGCGAACUGUGUUUGAAAGAUUCGAAGCCACUGUCUGGCUACCUUCGUAUUUACACAAACUUCAACAAUUACAUGUAAUUAAAAGAUGUUAAUAAUUUUUAUUGUAUCUAUGAUUAAGGAAAACAAUUUGAAAAAGGUUGAAAUUUCUUGAACCUUUAUUCAAACAAAGCGUUCAAUCAAAGUACUACAAAUGUAGAAAUCAAUAAUUCUUUUUUGUUACAAAUUAUCAGCUGUUUCUCUUAGUCGAACAAUAUUUGGUCCGUAAUAAUAGACAGAUGUUUAAUAUUGUACAAUCCAGUAGACAUAGUCGCUUAUCAUUGUAAUGUGCCGAUAAAAAAUGUCUAUAUGUACAUAGUAUAACAAUAUUAUAAGCAUUCUUAUUCUAUUGUAUGUAAACGUUAUACGUUACGAUUUUUGUUUCCUAUCGAAAGUAUCGUAAUGAAAUUAUUAAUUGAGAAUAAUGAGAAAGAUUCGUUAUAUAUAUGUAUGGAGGUUCUAGUUAUAGUAUAUCAACCCCAUAGAUAUUCAUGUUUGCUUAGCCAUUACUUUUUUACAUGUGCGAUCGCCAGUUUAGGUGUUAGCCUUUUUCCGAUUUGGCUUAAAAAAAUAUCGGAGUGUACUACGAGCGUAUUGUGAUGUUUGCAAGCACAGUGGGAAUAUCCACUUAUGUGCCUAAGCGUAAGACGCUCAAGAACUGAUCUUUCAUAUUAUGUUUAUAUGUCCUAUAACAAUGUGCAUAAUCCUAUUUACUAUAUUUCGUGAUAUAUCGUAAACAGAAAGAAACUUUUUUCGAUAAGUCCUGUUAAGAAAAUUAUGUAAGAUAUUAUUAACAUACAACCAUAAAAAGAAUCUAUUCACCGAACAGCAAAUUUUAAUUGUCAAAAGGAUAAUUACUUCUGGUACUUAUUAAAAAUAUAUGGAUAUUCCUUGUUGCAAAUUUGUGCAUAAUAAUUGCCGCUGUAUCGAUUCACUGUCUAAAUGUUGUAAUUAUUCAAAGAAUAAAUUUAUCCUACAUUGAA